AUGUCCUGGAACUGCAGGGGUGCUGCUACGAAGCAAUUCAAGAGCACUUUCAGUAGGUUUCGAAGAAAGUUUGGAGUGGGUGUGGCUGCUAUUUUAGAGCCAAGAGUUAGUGGAGAUAAAGCUUUGAAUAUUAUUCGAAGUUUAGGUUUUAAUAAUUUCAUCAUAGCUGAUGCUCAUGGUUACUCUGGUGGCAUUUGGGUGGUUUGGGAUCCGGUUGAUGUAAAUAUUACUCUUAUCAAUAAACAGGAUCAAUUCAUUCAUGUUUGGGUUGAAUUUCCUAGAAAAGAUGGUUUCUUUUGGACAACAGUGUAUGCCAGUCCCCAAGAGGAAAACAAAAGGCUGUUGUGGGAAGACUUGAAGCACAUUGGUAGGACCAUGAAUGAACCUUGGCUGUUGUCAGGUGAUCUCAAUGAAAUUUGUUCUAUUUCUGAGAAAAAAGGAGGCUGCCCAGCUGACAUUAAUAAAUGCAGGAUGUUUAGUGAUGUCCUGGAUGCUUGUGGGGUUUUGGAUUUGGGAGGUAGUGGAAGUAGAUUUACUUGGAAAGGCCCUAAAUACAGUCAUCUGGAUAGAGUUUUUAAAAGGCUUGACAGAGCAAUGGCAAAUGAUUUGUGGAGGAAUUGUUUUGAAGAAGCAGAUGUUUUGAACCUUUCCAGAAUUUUUUCUGACCACUACCCUGUAUUGGUUAGAUUGGAGAAAGGUGAUUCUUGUUGGAGGGAGAGACCAUUUAGAUUUAUGGCUAUAUGGCAGAAUGAUCCAAGGUUCAGUGUUUUUUUUAAAUCCAAUUGGGACACUAGCUCUGAGUUGCUGAGUAGUUUGAAGUCUUUUACCCUUGCUGUUAAAGACUGGAAUAAGUCUGUUUUUGGGUUCAUUUUGUUCAGGAAAAAUAGGGUUUUGGCUCGGUUGGAUGGUAUUCAAAAACAUAUGUGCUUGCAUAACAGUUGGCAUCUGGAGGAUUUGGAAACUAAGCUACUAAGAGAAUUAUCUGAAAUUCUUGACUUAGAAGAACAAAUAUGGUAUUAG